AUGAACGGAAAAGUGAUCUGUGUUGUGGCCCUCUGUUUCGUUGCCUUGGCAACCGCUGGACCAGCCGUCGACGAUGCACCGAGUCAAAAUCUGGUUCAUGCCAAUGAUGACACUUCCGUCGAAGAUGCCCUCAUGAAGAAGCUGAACAACAAAUGCUCGAACCACGACGUAUCCUCAUGCAUGAUGCUGAAACUGAUGACGUAUUUCAACAGGCUUCUGAAGAAGUCACAAAUCGAGUUAGGAGAUUUGGAAAUAACGCAAACUUCAACCGAAACCGUAACCUUGGCUUCAGCUCGUAGCUUAGGAGAUGAUCAAGCUAGCGAGGAAACUCAACUGACUGCUGUUCUCGCUGAUAAAGCUUUGAACUUCUUGAGGACCAGAUCUUUGAAGUGGAAGGUAACUGACGAUGCUGAAGUUGUUUUGGCCGGAAAAGGAGAUAAGGAUGGAGGCAUCAACUUAGGAUUAUCUCUUCGUCCAACUCCAAACACUGAAGGAGAUGCUCGUAAGAAGAAGGACAGCGGUAUGGGAGCUCUCAUCGCCGCCGCCGCUUUGAAGAUUGGUUUGCUUAAAGCUUUGGCCUUCAAAGCUCUCGUCCUCCUCGUAGGAAAGGCUCUCCUCGUCAGCAAACUUGCCCUCGUCCUUGCAGCAGUCAUCGGUUUGAAGAAACUCUUCUCCCAAGAAAAGCACGUCACCUACGAAGUCGUAGCUCAUCCCCAUCACGAAACCCAUCACGAGCAUUCCGUCUCUGGUGGACACGGAGAUUACUCUUCAGGUGGAUGGGCCAGGCAAUACGAGACUGGUAACAGCAUGGCCUACCGUGGACAAAUCCCAACCCACUAA